UAUAUAUAUAUAUAUAUAUAUAUUAUAAUUCUAUUAUUAUUCUAUUAUUAUUGUAGUAUAUUAUCAUAUUAUUACUGUUAUAUUAUUAUUAAUAUAUUAUUCAUUAUUCGUGACUACAUUGAAACUAGAAUAGAGAGAAAUCAGUGUGGAAACUGCAAGAGGUACCAUAGAUUUUUGUACAUGGAAAUAAUGGUAGUAAAUAGUUUUGAUUUAUUAAAUACAGUUAUAUAUUACAAUUAUAUAUUUUUGUUAUUUAAACUAUACAUAUUGCGAAAUUAUGGUUUUUUUCUCGAAGUGACACACCACCCAAGUCAUGCUAGGUUUUUUGGUGAAUUUUGACACACCAAGCGCAAAAGGUUGCCCAUCAUUGACCUAGGAUGUGUCUACGGACAAUGCUGGCUCUUUGGCUAAGUAAUGGAGAUGAGCCCCAACCCCCAGAGUCAGACAUGACUAGAUGUUAUGUCAGGGGAAAUCUUUACCUUUACCUUUGCUUCACAAUCCUUCCAAUGCUGAUUCUGCUAAAACUCACUCAACUUGACAAGGUGGCAAAGUAGGGCUGCUGGGCAGUCUUUGUAAAAAAAAGUUUCAUUGACAAAUAAUAAAUAAUAAAUGUUUUGUUUAAUAUUCUCAAUUCCAUAAACAUUUGCAUGAAUGAUGCUGUGGUGCUAAAAACAUGCAACAUUUGUCAUGACUAAAUCUUACUUAAAUUCAUUGCUGAAUGUUGGUCACCCUACUUGUUUGUAGAAAAAUAUCUUUUGGCAUAAAAUUAAUAACUUCCAUAUAAACCCCAUGUAUUUGAAAACUGUUUCCAUGCUGAAAACAGUGUUUUGUACAAAAUAGUUAUUUCCAAUAAGAGCAGUCUCCCAGAAACCUGUUUUUUUUAUUUUAUUUUUUUUUAAAAUCCUGUUUGCACCAAAAUAUAAUUUUGCACAAGGCACUUUUUGGGUGGAAAAUAGUGUUUGCAUAUGUGAAAAAAUGUUUCCUGCACAAAAAACAUAGCACUUUGUGAAAAACCGCAAAACAUUCUACAUAAAAUAAUUCCUCGAAACACUUCAAUCUGUGCAUAUAACAGACAACACACAGAGAGAUGUAUGCCUCUGCUGAGAUAUGACCCUGAACCACAAACUGACCAAAUGGUGAAAAUCAUAGCAAAGCCUGAUUUUUGUGUGUGUGUUCUCAGCAACUUGAGAAACUGCAAAUCACCUCUGGUGUGAGAGAAGCUCACCAUGUCUCAUAAACUUUUCAGCAGGUUAAACCGCUGAGCUGCUGAGCUUGCUGACUGAAAGGUCAGCAGUUCGAAUCCGGGGAGCGGAGUGAGCUCACACUAUUACUCCCAGUUUCUGCCAACCUAGCAGUUCGGAAACAUAGUAGAUCAAUAGGUACCACUUCUGCAGGAAGGUAAUGGUGCUCCAUGAAGUCAUGCUGGCCACACGACCUAGGAGAUGUCUACGGACAACGCCAGCUAUUCGGCUUAGAAAUGGAGAUGAGCACCAAGUCCCAGAGUCAGACACGACUCGACUUUGUCAGGGGAAAACCUUUACCUUUACCUACAUUUUUCACUGAAUUUCCAUUUACCAUUUCAAAUCCACUUCUCCUAGACUACUGAGGACUUUUGCAAAUCUUUACAAUUUUUUGUCAUCCCUACAUCAUGUAAAUUAUUUAUUUAUUUAUCGUGUCAGAAACAAAUUGAGGAUGCAAUUAUAAUGUAUUUAAAAACACAAAGUUAAAAACUUGGCAUUCUACUAGAUUUCUUUUCACCAGAAGCUGGCCACUUGGAGUGCUUCUGGUGUCACUGUGAGAAGGUCCUCCAUUGUGCAUUUGGCGGGGCUCAGACUGCAUUGUAGUAAGUGGCCUGUGGUUUGCUCUUCUCCACACUCCUAUGCCAUGGACUCUACUUUGUAGCAUCAUUUCCUAAGAGUGGCCCUGCAUCUCGUGGUGCCAAAGUGCAGUCUGUUCUGUGCCUUCCAAGUUACCCAGUCUUCUUUGUGUCCAGGGGAGUUUCUUAAAUUAUUGUUAUCACCUUUAAUCCCAUGUUUUGUAUAAGGAGAUUUAAAACUAUUCAGUUAUGGCACUUUCUUUUUGAGGGCAUCAUUUGUGUAUUUCUGUAUCUUCUAACUUAUUUUCUUUUUAAAGUGGAGAGAUGGAUGUGUUCGAGACCUUACAUUCAUGUACUAAGGUCUUACAUAGCUUUUCUUUUGUUGUGUAUAUUAAUGUUAUUUUUAUUGAUUCAGUUUUGUAAUAUUUAAUUUAUUACUGUAUUUUGCCAUUGUUUUCAUGGUGGUCGGACAACCAUAUUUCCUACUUGGUUGUUGUAGUGAUUUUAAUGCAAUGCAUCCUGUAUUUUCAUGCUUUUGUAAAAUAUAUAUAUACCCUGCAAGUUGACAAAAUUAAGAAACGCCUGUCUUCCAGUGUUGAACCUGCUCCCAACCUUAAAAGCAAUUAUGAUUUAGGCAGGCAAUUAGGCCUGCAUUCGUAAGAGAGAAUGUUGGGCAAGAGAAACAACAGAAAUGUAUUAAAAUGAAUAAUGGGAUGGGGGAAGUUUAAUUUUUUUUAUGGCAGAGAUUAUGCUGCAUUUACAUAGGUAUUUAAUAGCUCAAACAGACCUCUUAAUGUCAUAGCUGUGAAGCACUGCUAUGAUACUAGGAACCACAAGGUGUCAGCAUCGACAAGCAUUGUCAGUGUGUGUAUACAGUAUAUGUGUGUGUGGUUUGCUAUGGAAGCAGCCAAAAUUAAAGCACCCAAUUUCAUCUGAUUUUGGAAGCUGAGCAGGGUCAGUGCUAGUUCUUGGAUGGAAGACAGUGACCAAAUACUAGGAGCUGUAGGCAGGGCCAUAGCCAGAAAAAAAUAUUCGGGGGGGGGGGGGGAGUGGUUGAAUUUUUUUUGUGAACCAUGAAGAAUAGUUUCAUAAUUCAAAAUAAUUUAGAAAUCAGGCUCCAUUGAUAAACUUCAGUGGACCUCAUGGGGAUUUGGUUAAAUAGUUAAAAUUCAUGACUAAACCAGAUUUUUUUAAAAACCUGAAAAUGUGGGGGGUUGAACCCCUACCCGCCCUUCCCCCCUUCGCUACAGCCCUGGCUGUAGGCUAUAUUUCAGAAGACGGAAUUGGCAAAACCACCUCUGAGUAUUUUGCCUAAGGAACCCUGUGAAAUUCAUAGUGUCACCAUAAAUCAACAGGUGACUUGACGGCACACAAACAGUUAGGGUUUUUUGAAGCAGUUGAAAAUAAUUCCAGUGUUACCACACAAACGCAUCAGAUUACCAGGCAUUUUGCCAUAUUAUAACAGUAAUUAUCCCAUCUAACUGUGAUGUCUUACAAUUUUUAUUCCUUUCCUGCCUUAGUAAUGAAAACAAUAUACAGUAGAGUCUCACUUAUCCAACACUCGCUUAUCCAACGUUCUGGAUUAUCCAAUGCAUUUUUGUAGUCAAUGUUUUCAAUACAUCAUGAUAUUUUGGUGCUAAAUUCGUAAAUACAGUAAUUACUACAUAGCAUUACUGUGUAUUGAACUACUUUUUCUGUCAAAGUUGUUGGAUAACAUGAUGUUUUGGUGCUUAAUUAGUAAAAUCAUGACCUAAUUUGAUGUUUAGUAGGCUUUUCUUUAAUCUCUCCUUAUUAUUCAACAUAUUCGCUUAUCCAACGUUCUGCCGGCCCGUUUAUGUUGGAUAAGCGAGACUCUACUGUAUAUGUGUGUUUGACUGUAUGAAAUCUGAUUGUUUUAAUUUUGUAACUUUAUUGAUAUUGGUUGAAAUAAAUGCAAAACUCUUGCCUAAAAAAAACUGACAAUGCAUAUUCCACCAUAACACACUUACAUUGCCAGGACAUUUGGCAAAAUGGCAGCCAGUACACUGGAGUACAUUAGACAGCCAGUGUGGUGUAGUGGUUUGAAUAUUGGACUAGAGUUUGAAUCUCUGCUGAGUAGUAAAAACCAACUGAGUGACCUUUGGGCAAGUUGCAGUCUUUCAGCCUGAGUUGAGGGCAAGUGCAAACCCCUUCUGAACAAAUUCUCCAAAGAAAUCUCCAUAAUAGAGUCAGCUUAGGUUGCCAUAAAUAAAAAAUGACUUGAAAGCAUGCAACAACAACAGUUUGAAAUUUAUUGGGGCUGAGUUGGAAAAGGAGUUGUCUGGGUUUGUCAGCUGGACAAAUAAAUUCUCAUCUACACUAACUAAUGCAAUUUCAAAUGGUAUUGAGGAGUUCGGUUUUGCUGUGCAGAUGAUUACCAUACAUAGGAAAUCAGUUUGAUGUUCAGAUAGUGAUUACACAAACCACAGAGCACUGGUGCACAUUAAAGGUUUUUAUUUGUGUGGCUGUGUGGCAGUUAUGUGAUUUCAGCUCCCCUAGAACUGCGGGUUUGAGUUUUUGGCAUGCCUAGCUCCACUCCAAAAUUUGAUAAAUGCAAUUGAAAAGUAGAAAAAGAUUAGUUAUUGGGUAGGGGAAGUGAAUCUGUUACUCAUAUGUUAUUAUUCAUGUGCUGGGAUUUCUCAGAUGAAUUUGGCUUUCAGUGAAAUUCUACCUAGUCUUUGCCUCUUUAAAGCAUUGAUUUUGUUCAGAAAAUUGUUUUGAUUUGCAACAGAAACAAACAAAUCCAGAUUAUUCAAAGGUUAACAACACAUUCAUUUUAGCUUUGUAUUUGCUUGUUUUGAAAGUACUCAAAUGAAAGAUUGUAGCAAGCUUGGAGGAUUGUACUUGCAAAAUAAGUAGUUGUGAAAAUCACACUGAAGGAUGAAAAGGAGGGAGUAGGGAAUUAAUGAGAGGGAAAACUCUGAUUUUCUUAGGUCCUGGGUAACUUUAAGUGAUGAGAAGCUUUUAACAAGAACUACUUGAAGUAUAAUGUUUAAUGGAUCCACGUGUAUAUGUUGCUCCUGUAAGUGAUUGCAUUUGUAGUGCCUGAUGCAUCUAUUUUAAGCUCUUAUGCAUGAUUUGCAUGUGGUGGACAGUUACUUGCAGAUUGCAGUUUGGGAGAAAGGAUACAGAAAGAGUGUUUAUAGAAUGAAAUAACAGAACUAUAAGGAACUCAUCACAUUGAGGUCCUGAAGCCGGGUGACAGCAGGGGAAUCCACAGGGCUGCCGAGGAAAUCGCCACUAUGUCCUGAAUCGCCUGCAUCAGUCCCUUCCCCAUCACACAGGGGAAGCUGUUACAGCCCUGCUUCCCCCCCACACUGUCCUCGGCUUCUUCAAUCAGAACAGGAGCAAUCACCUGCAUUCUGAAUUCUUCCAGAACGCUUUUAACAUGGAGCUGGCACAGAGUCCUGCUGGAAGUAGCCCUACAUCAUGUGAUGGGCUUUGACAGGUUCUGCACCAGCUCUGCAUUGAAAACGUCCUAUGACAGAGCAACAGCCUCAUGUGAUGAGGUCCUAAAAGUCUAGGGGAAGAGUUAUACAACUCCUUUAUCCUCCUGUCUUGUGUCCCCAUACAUUUUAUCAUUAUAAUGUAUGCCUAUGUCCAUAUAUCUUAUAAAGAGUUGGUUUAACCUCUGGUUUGCCAGUAAAACUGAAUUACUGUGUCGUGAAAUGAUGCAUUCCUAAAAUAUUUGUCACCAACAUGAAAUGUUUGGUAAAUUAUGGUGCCUAGAGGGGAAGGGGUUAUACAGUUCCUUCAUUCUCCUUCAGGAUAUUCACUUCCAUGAGCUCAGGGGAAUUUUCAGGGAUGAUCCUUACAUCAGAACAAAAAUCUGGAAGGUCCACAAAGCCUCAGAGGGCUUACUCAACUGAUGCGCUCUCGUUGCUCAUCAAAGGGCUUGUUGACACAGACAGUAGAAUGUCAUACUUCAUAGCUGCUGCCACCCAGACACAGUGUUCUUGAUAAUUUACUUGCAAUGCUGUUAUUUGAGCUUUAAUUGGUUCAAAAAGCCUUGCCUUUAUCCUAUAGCUUUCCAGAAAACCCGGAUUUGGUACCUUGCCCUCUAAAGCAACAUUGCAUCAUUGUGGAGUUCAGAAGAGGGAAUUUGUGUUGGGUAGAACAGGGUGGUAGGAGUGACCUUGAACAGGCAGUAAUUGGAUCAUUCCCACCAGGAACCAGUUAUUCUUUGGUGUAAAUUUUACAUUUUAAUUUGCUAGUGUGGUCAAUUUUUGUUGUUGUUUAAUGUGCAGAUACAUGUAUAUCAGUAGUAGCGUAUCACCACUUAAUAGGAAAUAUGCAUGAUGGUGGGGCAGGAAAAGUGGAAUGACCACAGCCAUGUGGUCAAAAGCAAUGCAAAGGAUUGGAGAUCAUUGAUUGCUCCCUUCUCACUAUGAUGUGUGUGAUGUAUGUGGCAUUAAUGGGGUCAAUGUGGGAUUACUGCAGAUUGGGAAAAUGUGAUACCAAACAUACUUUUUCACUAUCAGUUUAAGUAAGUCCAUAUAAGAGUGAUUGCUCCAUGGUUAGCCCUUUGUCACAUAAAUUAUCCCAAUGCUUAGUCCUAGAGCAUUAUGAUUAGAUAUAGAAAAAUCUGUCAGUUUUGCUCUUUUCCUGCACUUAUGUUUUAUGAACGUUGUUUUCUUCCUUUAUUGUGAUGUGGUAAAUGGGAUGUGCUAAACUGCCAUAUAAAAUUUAUUUAUUUAUUUAUUUACAGUAUUUAUAUUCCGCCCUUCUCACCCCGAAGGGGACUCAGGGCAGAUCACAUUAUACACACAUAGGGCAAACAUUCAAUGCUCAUAAACACAUCAAACAGAGACCGAGACAGACAGAUGCAGAGGCAAUUUAACCUUCUCCUGAGGGGAUGUUCGAUUCUGGCCACAGGGGGGAGCAGCUGCUUCAUCAUCCACUCUGAUGGCACUUCCUCGUUCCAAGUCGAAAAUUAGUUAAACUUGCCUCCCCACUUUUAUAAGUGAUACCUUAUUUCUUACUUGAUAGAUGAAACUAUCUUUCAGGUUGCUAGGUCAGCAAUGAGCAGGAGCUAUUUUUUUUAAUUGACGGGUGCUCACCCCGCCACGGGCUGGCCUCGAACUCAUGACCUCAUGGUCAGAGUGAUUUAUUGCAGCUGCUCAACAGCCUGCGCCACAGCCCGGCCCCUCAGAAUCCAGAUCUCCUGUUUUGAACUGAAUCAUAUGACAGUGUAGGGUCAUCUAAUCCAGUUCAAAGCAGAUAAUGUGGGUUAUCUACUUUGAUAAUCUGGAUUAUAUGGCAAUGUAGAAGAGGCCACUCUGGCUAAGGUUGAUGCCCUUUUAUUAGCUGACUCAAAAUGUACAUAUUGAAUGAUGAAAUAUCAAGCAUGUCUGUAUCAUCCUUCAGAAAACACAAUUUUUUUAAUGUAGCGUGCUUUGCUUACAUCAUUCUUUUUCUCUAAUUACAGGGAAGGCAUUUCUAAACAAAAUGCCUGUUUCCUCUAUUGAUUUUAUAUGUUCACAGGGCUUAGCAAGCAGUAUCUCAUAAAUCACCUUCUGCCAGCAAAACCUUCAUUUUACCAAUAACAGAAAAUAAAAUUGAAAGCUUGGUACUGUGACUUCUACCUUGCUUUGCUGGUGAAUUGAUCCUGUGGUUACUGCUUAUUCUCAUCUUGCCAUCUAACACAGUUUAUUAUGAAUUGUGUUUGAAACAACAUGCUGUGCUCUCUUUGAAUUGUGUAUGUAAUAAAUGUUUGUGCUCCAACCCGAGAAGUAAAAAAUGAGUCUAUUUAAACCACAGGACCAGAAUGUGAAAAUACUAUACCAGUUCAUUUUCUUGACCUAGAAGAAUGUAUAAUUAAGAAUACUGACCAUUGGGAGACCUGUUUUUUUUUCCUUUAAAAGCCACUGGGAAAUGAACCAGAAAAAUUAUUUGCUGUACAGAAAAACCAGAUAAUAUGCAGGUAAAUUCAGCAGCCCCAGCCUUCAGUCAAUUUGGAUUGAAAAAACAUGUUAGGAAGAAAAGAGGAGUCCCUCUCCAACCAUGCAACACUAUAUCCCUAUUGGAUUGAGCUCCUCUCCCUCCAUGUUUUGCAAUUUAGUUCAAAAUGAAAAAUUCAGAAAGGAGCAAUGGGAAUCCACAUUGGAUGCAGGGAAGACUUCCAAGAUAUUUAAACAGUAUACCAAUACCAAGUUAUAGCAGAUCUAUACAAAUUCAGGUCCUUUUUAAAAAAUUCUAUUUUUUCUUUACAAAUGACUUUCUUGUGGAUAUGUUUAGGACUAAGUUUACCAUUUUGGAUCCAGGAUGGAACUUUUCUAAUUUGAAUCCAGAACAAAGCAUGGAGUAGGAUGAAAUGGAUUAAAGUUACAGGAGCUUCAUCCCAAGAGGGCACACUGAGGUAUGAUUUUACACCUUGUUGGUGAGAAACUUCCCACCAGUGUGGGAAUCACAUAUCGGACAGAUAGCAAACUCUUCAUCUUCUUCAGGCUGAAAGCCAAAAGCAAGGCACCAAAAACUUCUGUCAUAGCACUCCAAUAUGCUGAUGAUAAUGUAGUCUAUGCACAUGCAGAGGAAGACCUACAAGCCAUUUCAAGCACUUUUACAGAAGCAUAUAAAAAGCUUGGCCAGACAGUGUUCAAGCAUCAGGACAUUCAUAGGGAUAACAGGAUGUUUGAUUAUAAAGCUGUUGUCCUUCCAUCUCUAGUGUACACUUGCGAAACAUGGACUAUCUAUAAACAUCAUUCUCAACUUCUGGAAAGAUGCCAUCAUUGUUGCCUUCAAGAACUUCUGCAAAUUUCUUGGGAAGACAGAUGGAUAAACAUUAGCAUUCUGGAAGAAGCAAAGACCACCAGAACUGAAACAAUGAUUCUCCGCCAUCAACUUUGCUAGACUGGUCACAUUGUCAGAAUGCCAGAUCACAAUCUCUAAAAGCAACUACUUUAUUCCUAACUCAAGAAUAGAAAAUAGAAUGCUGGUGGAAAACAAAAGAGAUAUUGUGGCAUAAACACAGAGAACUAGGAAGCCCUGGCAUUUGUGUGUGGUAAUUGGAGGUCAGCUGUCUCCAGCAAUCACCUUGGCAUGACUGUUUUCCAUUUGGAAAUCUAUGUCCUCAUUGUGAAAGACCACCAGGAUCCAGAAUUGGUCUUCACAGUCACUUAUGGACCCAUCACCAAAACUCUACCCUUGGAAGACAAUCAUACUUAGCCUAUGAUGAUGAUAUCUUUGAGAAAUUUCAAGUAUGAAAAGUAAGAGCUAAUCAAAAUGAUUUAAUACAACACAAAUGUGGAAAUAUUAGUAGAAAAUACUGAGAAUAAGCAAUAAAAAUAACAUUGUAUGAAUUUUCUCACUGACAAAAUGGAUAGAUAUUCAAUGAAGAUGUUUAAGACCAUCAAGGACUGCUGUGAUUUUGUGAUGUGAUUGUAUAACACUUUUAUGGUUUUUACCUGGAUUGUUUUAAUAUUAAUGUUGCUUAAAACAAUUUUAAUAUUUGUAUAUUUGUAUAUUUUAAGUUGUAGUGAAACUUUUUUAGUUGUGAGAAAUUUGAGUCUCUGUAUCGAGAGAAAAAGCGGGAAACAACAACAACAACAACAACAACAACAACAACAACAACAACAACAAUGAAACACAAUAGGCUAUGAAUAAAUUUAAGGCCCUUUCAUGUUCUAAGCUGUAUUUAUUCCACUUUCACUAAUACAAUUCCUCCUUUCCAUUUUACAUUUUCUUCUGACCCUGCUCUCACUGCUUAAACCCUAGUUUUUCCUUUCCAUCCCUAGUUUAACUGUCUUGUAAUAUGUUUUUCAUAAAAUUUCAGUAGGAAUACUUGCUUCUGUAUCUUGGUAGUGCUAGUGUAGUUAGAUAAUUUUAGAUUCUACUUCCAGUAGCCCUUUGGGGCAAAUGCUCUCACUCUUUAAAUAACAGUGUAUAUUAUGUAUACACUUAUAUUUUGCUUGCUUUAAACUGUGGGAAAGUGUUCCAGUCAAAUUUAGUUUCCCAUUACCAUUCUAUGCUGAACUUAUUCUGCUUAAUACUGCUUUGGUUUCCUCUCCAACGUCCUAACUAGAUCACACUGGUUCUUGAUAAAUCAUUCCCCUUCUGCCCAGUUAAAUAUCCCCAGUUGCAGCCUAUUUGGAUGCCAUUGCAGUAUUACUUGGCAUGUCCCUUUUUGUUUGCCAAAUGAUAUUCUUGAGCCUUGUUGCUCAGAUUUUAUUGUGCUAUAGCUAUAACUGUUCUUUCCAGGCUCUCAGAACACAGUGUACUUUCCUGUUUGAUUGUCUUUGGGCACCUGACAAAAUGAUUGACAUUAUCAUUUUUGUAAACAUGUAUUCCUUCAAGUACUAUAGAAAUGAUUAGUGAUGUUCCAGGAGAAAAGCCAAGGAAUUCACUUCAGUUCUUGGAAUUGCUGGCAGGGACUUUGGGAAACCAUAGUCCAAAAAGUUUAUUUUUUUCUAAUCUCUGUUUCAGUUAAUAACUACUUUGUUUCCUUUAUGGCUUUGAAUCAUGGAGAUAGACAACAAUAUUCAUUGUACAGUUCUGGCCACUACAUUUCAGGAAGGAUAUCGUAGAGCUGGCAGCAUUGCAGUACUGUGUCAAAACCAAAUUGAAAAAGAGACUGGAGCAACUAACUUAUAAGAUAUAUGGAACUUAGAAAGAGAUGAGACUCUGUGUGUGUGUGUGUGUGUUAUAGAGGUGUAUAAAGUUAUGUUUUGCCUAAUGAAUCAGCUCGUCUUUUCUGUUUAGGAUUCACUCUAUUGCACUUUUGGAUCCUUGAAGAAGUACUAACCACUAGGCUUGUGCAUUUUGGGUGAAUGGCUAUCCAUUUUUGCCUGACGGAUACUGGAAGCCCUCAUAUCCGUUUUCCAGAUAUGGAAAAUGGGUGAGCUGCUGAAUGGGUGUUUUCCUUCUGCAUCCCCAAAAAAAAUUGAUAUGUUGGAGGCAAUAGGGGACUUAGGCUUCCCUUUCCUCUAGGAGCAUUUCCUUUCUUCACUUUAAGGGAGUCUGAGUGUCAGCAAUGGGGUUAAAAAGCAUCCUAUCCAGCCCAUUAUGGGGGGGGGACUUCCCACAGGCCUUUCUUCCAUAUCAUUAAGACUGGAUUUUAAAAAGCAUCAGAGUUACCACUCUUUCUGAAUCCUAUUCCUUUCCCUUCUGUUUGUAGAGGAGGAGGAGACCAAGUUUAAUGCUUCUUAAAGCUGUUCUAGUCUAGAGGAGAGGAAGGUGUGCACACUUUCUCUCUCUUAGCACCAGCAGCAUGCCACGCAACAUCGAAGACAUUUUAAGGAGGCCCAGAGAAGGAAAAGCUAUGUCCUGGAGCCCAGUGGAGCUAUCCUCCCUGCACUACCUUAAAAAUCUCCUUUCUGCUUGGGGUUUUGCUUCCUUAAAGCUUAUUCUAUUUUCUACUCUUGAGAGGAGAGGUAGGCUUCUCUUUUUGUUUGUUGGGAUUACUAUUAAUAAUUAUCUUUCAGAAGUAUUUUCUGAAGGAGAGGAAGGGAAGAAGAAAAAGAAGCUAAAAAGGUGAAAGCACCCAAACACAUGUGCACACGAACCCCACCCAAUAUCCCUCAGGUCCCCAAGUCCCAGUCAGUCCCACUAAAUAAAAAGAAUAAAGAAAAUAAAGGAAAAUAAAAAAAUUAAACUGUAGUGCUGAAUAGGGGAGGAGGAGCCGUGAUUGGUUCCCGCUUGCUUUCAUUAUUGGGGAGGGGGGUCGUACUGGGAGGGCCCUUACAGUUAUGUGCUCUCUAAGGUACCAAAGGUACUAAAGGUACUGGAAGAAAACAAAUCCAUGCACAACUCUACUAAGCACAGCACAAUUUUCAUAAUGUAUAUGGUUUGGUAUUGAAAUUCAUUUUAAAACAUUUGUCCAAGCUCUAGAACAUGUUAAGAUAAUUUUAAAUUUUGAUCCUGCCAUCUGUAAUACUAGCUACUCCUCCAAUAUUAUUUAUUUGUUUUACAUUGAUGUUAUUGUAAGCCAUCCUGAGAUCUUCAGAUACUGUUCUUGAGUGUCUUCAAGUCAUUUCUGAACUAUAGUGACUCGAAAGCAAAUCACAGGAUUUUCUUGGCAAAUUUUGAUCAGCAGAGGUUUACUGCCCUGAUGUCUUGGCUGGGCAAUGAUACAAAAUCUGUUCUCCAGAACUGUAGUCCGAUGCUCAAACCUCUAUGCCAUCCUGAUAAAUAAAAUUGGGUCAUUAUAAUUUGAUGUCUUCAUUUGUAGAAGCAGCAUUCAUUUUGAAAGACUUGAAAAAGAAGACUUUGAAAGCUGAUGAAUAACUAGGCUCCAAUUUGUUAUGCAUAAGACUCCUGUGAAGAAUUUUCAGAAGCAAGUACUCGCUUUUCAUUCCAAACUUGAAUCCUGGUCCUGAUUUUUAAAAAGGUUUUUACACUGAAUGAAAAAAAUGUUUUUGAACACAAGAGAAAUAUGGGUGCUCUGUGUCUCUAAUAUUUCAGUGUUCCUAGAGAGACUUCUAGAAAUGAUCACCUACAACUAUUAUUAUUAGGAACAGCAUAGCCAUCUUUCCUUAAGAUCACUGGGGGUGCACUUCAAAAGGUUAUUGUGCAGAGAAAAGGAAUGUUUUUUUAUGCUGCCCAGAGCUUCAUGGAAGAAAAAAAAUGAAUAAAAUGUUUUUAAUAGUUGGUAAGGAUGAGUAAAUUGCUUUACUAUAUUUUAAAGAGCAUUAAAGGGAUAAAACAUGAUACAUAACAUCAAAACAUUUCUACAACAUUAAAAAGUUAACACCAUUAACAUUACCAUACAUUUAGAACAGGUCUAGCCUUAGAGAAAUACGGUCUCUCUGAUGCCUUCUCUCAGGCUUGUUCAUUGACUACCUGCAGGGCAGACUUUUAAGUUUUAUCAUAGCACCCUAUGUAGUUGGAGAAUAUUUGUAUUUUACAUAUAAGGACGUGUGAGUCACUUUCCUAACUUCACACAACCUGGUUUUCUUCAUCUUUACUUCUGGACAGGCAGAACGUAAAGUAUGUGCAGUUAUUAUUCCACCUAUUUUUUAUUUUCUAUAUUGUAUUAUUUUAUAUUAGAAAACUCCCUUGGGAAGAAUCCUUCUUUCCUGGAUUUAGCCCACAUAUUACCAGCUUCUUUUUGAGAAUAUCAUGGGGCAUCAUGUCAAAGACCUUCCUGAACUCUAGAUAUGUUAUAUCCACAGCAUUCCCUUCAUCUACCAAGCUUGUAAUUCUAUCAAAAAAAGAGAUAAAGUUAAUUUGGCAUGAUUUGAUUUUGAGAAAUCUGUGUUGACUUUUUGUAAGUAUGGUAUUCCUUUCUAAUGACCUCUUCACAUUUGCCACUGGAAUCGCCAUGGAGCGUGGCAAUUCCAGCAGUGCACAUCCAGGGGCAUUGUCCCACACCCCGCAUUGCCUGACUCACCUAUGCUUCCCCCCAUUGAUCCAAGGCAACACGAGAAGCCUCCCAUGUUGCUGUGGGGUGGCAUGCACCAAUUUAAAAAGGAGCCCUGCCAAAAGAUGAGAUGUGUUGUUUGUUGGGAACUGGCGGGCUCCGUCAUGAAGAAGGUGAACUGGUGCAUGCUGCCAAUUUCGCCCCCAUGUGAUGAGGUUGAAAGUGCUUAAAGAUUGUCUGUUCAAUGAUAUUCUGUAGAAUUUUUCCUGGUAUUAAUAUUAGACUAUUAGGUAGCAAUUGUUUGAGUCCUCUUUUUCCCCUGUUUUGAAGAUGUGGACAACAUUUUCUUUCCUCCAGUCUGCUGGAACUUCACUUGUUUUCCAGAAAUUUUCAAAGUUGAUUGCCAUUGAUUCAGAGAUUACUUCUGCCUGUUCUUUUAAUACCCUUGGAUGUAAUCCAUCUCACCCUGGAGACGGAUUAGCUAGAUAUUCUUGUAUUUCCUCUUGACCUAUUACGUGCUGCACUUCCCUAGUGUACCCUCUACUCCAUCACCCCCAAGUUGAGUAGCAUGAACCUUUUGGGAGAAGGCUGCCUCAAAUAAGAUAUUGAAUGAUUUUGGCCUUUUCUGUUUCCUGUUAGCUUUUCAACAUCAUUCAGUAACCCUGUCAUUUCUGUGUUCUUUCUUUUACUAUGGACAUAACCAAAAAAGGUCUCUUUUAUUGUUUUUAACCUCUUUUCUCCUGAGCUAAUUCUGCACUUUGACUUUUCUAACUUUCUCUCUACACAUGCUGUCUUUAAGUUUGCAUUCCUCUUUGGUGAUUUCUCCCUUUUUAUUUCUUAUACAUGUCCCUUUUAAAUCUUAGCUCAAUUGAAAAUUCCUUAGACAUUUAUUCUGAUUUCUUUAGACACAUCUUUAUUGCAACUGUUUGAAAUUGUGCCUCCAAUGCCUCACUUGUCAGAAACUCCCAUCUAUCAUGAACUCUUUUGUCUUUUAGUAUUCUUGUCCAUGGGACCAUACUUAGUUUUUCCCUACAUUUGCUGAAGUCAUAUUUAUUAAAAUCUAGAGUGCAUGAGACUCCGUGGCCACUUGCUGGGCCCACCCUCGACCAGUUCAUCCCACUGGACGCAGAGGGUCUCGAUAGGCUCAUAGCUGCAGCUAGACCGACCACUUGCUCCCUUGACCCGUGUCCCUCUUGGUUAGUAAAAUCCUGCUUGGAGGGAUUACGUGACCCGCUGCUGAAGAUAAUAAACAGCUCCCUUGAGCAAGGAGUCUUUCCAGAGGGAUUAAAAGAGGCAGUGGUCUCUCCUCUGCUGAAAAAACCAGAUUUAGAUCGUUUGGUUCCCUCCAGCUACCGCCCAGUUUCGAAUCUUUCAUUUCUGGGCAAGGUGAUUGAGAGGGCAGUAGCGGUGCAGCUGCAGCAGUUCCUAGACGACACAGCCGGACUGGAUCCUUUCCAGUCUGGCUUCCGUGCGGGGCAUGGGACAGAGACUGUAUUGGUUUCCAUCACAGAUCAUCUCCGAUGCCAGCUUGACCGGGGCGGGUCGGUGUUGCUUGUGUUAUUGGAUCUCACAGCAGCAUUUGACACAGUCGAUCACAAUCUUCUGACCCACCGCCUUGCCGUUGCUGGAGUUAGGGGGACAGCUUUAAAUUGGCUGGCCUCCUUUCUUCACAACCGUGGACAGCGAGUGGAGAGGGGGGGCCUGGUCUCUGAGAGGUCCCCUCUACAUUGUGGGGUUCCUCAGGGGGCCAUUCUCUCCCCUCUGUUGUUUAACAUCUAUAUGCAACCACUUGCUCAGCUGGUCCGAGAUUUCGGGCUCGAGUGUUAUCAAUAUGCUGACGACACUCAGCUUGUGUUAAAGAUGGAAGGCCAACCGGAGUCUGUACCCGACAGUUUUCACCAGUGCCUCGAGGCCAUUAUUGGAUGGUUGCGUUCCAGUAGUUUGAGGGUGAAUCCAGCAAAGACGGAGUUCCUAUGGCUGGGCCGACCGGGCAGUGGGGAUAUCCAGUUGCCAACCCUGGAUGGUGAAGUGCUACGCCCGUCUUCACUAGUAAAGAGUCUGGGAGUCCUCUUGGACCCUUCACUGACGAUGCAGGCCCAGGUCUCCGCCGUUACCAAAACUGCCUUUUUUCAUCUUCGGCAGGCUAGACGGCUAGCCCCCUAUCUAUCUAGGGACAACCUGGCUACAGUGAUCCAGGCUACAGUCAUCUCGAGACUGGAUUACUGUAAUGCCCUUUACAUUGGCCUUCCUGUGUCGGUGAUCCGGAAGCUCAAAUUGGUGCAAAAUGCAGCUGCCCGGCUCCUUGCGGGAGUCCCCAUAAGAUGCCACAUAACACCAAUCUUACGGCAGCUGCACUGGUUACCAAUUGAGCACCGGAUCACUUUCAAAGUGAUGGUGCUUACCUUCAAGGCCUUACAUGGUCCAGGGCCGAUGUACCUGAGGGACCGCCUCACCCCUUACAAACCCCAGAGAUCCCUCCGUUCUGAGGACCAAGACCUGCUGGAAGUCCCCAGUUUUAAGACCUUGCGUCUAACUGCAACUAGACGCAGAGCCUUUUCAGUAGUGGCGCCAUCUCUGUGGAACACCUUGCCACCUGAAGUUCGUGCCUUGCGGGACUUGUUGGCCUUCCGCAGGGCAUGUAAGACACACCUGUUUCGGCAGGCUUUUGAGUUCUGUUGCUGAUGUUUUAAAAGGUGCUUUUAGGAUGUUUUAAAGAUUUUUUUUAAAUGAUGUUUUUAAAAUGUUUUUUAAAUUGUUGAUUUUAGCCGGUUCUUGUAAGCCGCUCCGAGCCCUAGGGGAGUGGCGGCAUAUAAGUUUGAAAAAUAAAUAAAUAAAUAAAUAAAUAAAUAAAUGUC